AAUCAGUAAAGCGUAAUCUGCUUAAUACAGUGAUUAAAGUAAUAUAUUAUUUCUGACUUAGAUUGACUCUGAUACUUUGAAAUCAUGAAUUGUCAAAGGUUGACUUACACCUGCCUUGAACUUCUGGCCAUUCUAGUCUCAACAUUGGCUGCACCACUGGUUACAACAUCCCUCAGUUUAGAUAAUCCUUGUGGGCUUGCGCCAGGUACAGCGUUAGAGUUACCUCCCAAUAUGGUGGACUUUCUCAAAGCAACAAUAACCGAUGCCAACGCAGCUAGUGCAGCCAAUCAGGCAGUUGUGAAUAAGCUUAGAUCAGACGUGAUGUUAACAGAGAACGAGCUAAUCACUUACACCAAUAAAACCUUACCCAGCCUUCCACUCCGACUGCCAGAAGUGAAUGUUAGCAGGAGCAAUGUAAGUGGUCUAUUUUUUUUAAUUUUGUAA